AUGUCCUUGGUACGCUCCCCAGACCUCACCAACCAGAAACUUCAGGAUGCUCUACCUGUACCGUUCUUUCCCUCAUCUCUCGACGGGCCCGAAAGGAAUGGUCCCCAACUUCCCCAGUGCCUCCCACAGCUGCCAAUUAAUGCUACCCCAACAAAAGUAGCUCAGCAGGAUCUCGACACGCCAGAUAACUGGGUCAAUCGUAAUCCAGAACUCGUACGAUUGACGGGAAAACAUCCGUUUAACUCCGAAGCGCGACUCGGUGUUCUAUUUGAAUGUGGAUUCUUUACUCCGCCUCACCUGCAUUUCGUGCGGAAUCAUGGUGCAGUGCCACAGGUCAGCCACGAGAUAGCUGCUAACUGGACAAUCCACGUACAUGGUCUGGUGGAACGAGAGGUUACAUUUACUCUGCAAGAGCUUCAAGAAAAGUUUCCCGUUGUUAGCAUUCCUGUAACCCUUGUAUGCGCCGGCAACAGGCGGAAAGAACAGAAUGUCAUCCGCAAGACACUUGGCUUCAGCUGGGGAGCAGCGGGAGUAUCAACAGCCCUUUGGACAGGCGUGUAUCUGGCCGACGUAUUGAAUCAUGUGAGACCAAUUUGUAGACAAGCCAAAUACGUUGUCUUUGAAGGCGGAGAUAAACUUCCGAACGGGCCCUAUGGAACAUCGCAGCGACUGUCGUGGGCUUCCAAUAAGGACAAGGGUAUGCUCAUUGCCUGGGCAAUGAAUGGUUUACCAUUGGAGCCAGACCAUGGUUUUCCUGUGCGCAUCAUUGUGCCGGGUCAGAUCGGUGGACGGUCUGUUAAGUGGCUGAGACGCAUCGAAAUAAGUAAUUGUGAAAGCCAGCACCACUUGCACUUUUGGGACAACAAAAUGUUACCAACGCAGGUUAUGCCUGACCAAGCCCGUGCUGAGAAGCAUUGGUGGUAUGACCCAAGAUAUAUCAUCACGGAGCUUAACGUCAAUAGCGUCAUCGCGAAACCGGAUCAUAAUGAGAAACUCUACAUCGAUAAGACGCCGGAUGAGAAUGGCACAAUCGCAUCAUAUCCCAUCCGAGGAUAUGCGUAUGCAGGUGGAGGUCGCAGGGUGACCCGUGUCGAGGUUUCGCUUGACCAAGGGGAGACAUGGACAUUGGGAAAUAUUGAGUAUCCUGAGGACCGAUUCAGAGAAAUACGUCACCAAGACCCAUUUUAUGGAACUCUUGACGCAUCAGAGCGCGAUACGUCCUUCUGUUGGUGCUUCUGGACAUUUGAUGUCUCGCAUGACGUUCUAGCGAGCUGUGAUGCGUUGAUGGUUAGAGCUAUGGACGAAGGCCUCGCGUUCCAACAAAGAGACAUGUAUUGGCAUGCACUUGGCAUGAUGAACAACUGGUGGUUUCGCAUUGCCGUCCAUAGAACCGUCAACGAUGACGGGAAAAUUGUCUUGCAAUUUGAACAUCCAACACUCGCUGGGACAGCGAAUGGAGGAUGGAUGGAGCGCAUGAAAGCGGUGGGGGAGGAUAUUACAAAGCCUGUCUUCGGCGAAAAAGGACGGGAUCUCGCACCACGUGCUCCAAAGCACGAAUCAGAUGAGGUCUGCUUGACCAAGCCGGGCAUGAAUCGGAAAAUUACCCUGGAAGAGUUCAGGGCGCAAGAUCGACAGCAACCGUGGUUUGUCGUCAACGGUGAGGUUUACGAUGGAACUCCAUUUCUAAAGGACCACCCAGGAGGCGGUGACUCCAUAUUGCUUGUAGCUGGCGAAGAUGCGUCCGAAGACUUCUUCGCCAUACAUUCUGCAGAAGGCAAACAAAAAUUGGCUGAGCACCACAUUGGUACCCUUACAACCAGUUUAGCCAGAGAAAGGCCCAUUACAACGCAGUACGAUGAAACCUUUCUAGAGCGCAGCCGAUGGAAGGAUGUCGAAUUGUGUGCCAUCAAGCAGAUCAACCACGAUUCUUACCUAUAUCGUUUCGCCUUGAAAAGAGACCAGCCGCUAGGUCUGCCAGUUGGACAACAUGUUUUCGUUCGCUUACGCCGACAGGAUACCGGGGAGAUGGUACAGAGGGCAUAUACUCCGGUAUCGCAACAAGACACAGUAGGCCUCAUCGACUUUCUCAUCAAAUUGUAUCUUCCUUCCGCGUCAAUCCCCACUGGAGGGAAGAUGACCACCGGCUUCCAUCAAUUACGUAUCGGAGAUAGCGUGGAGCUCAAGGGGCCGUUAGGGUCCUUUAUUUGGGACGGGCCAAGUACUGCAUUGUGGAACGGGAUAAGGAAGACCAUCAAGGAAGUCGGCAUGAUUUGCGGUGGAAGCGGGAUAACACCGAUCCUCCAGGUGCUUCGCAGUAUCUUCCAAAACGCGGAAAGCGAGACCCGGGUGUGGGUGAUCAGUGCGAACAAAACAGAGCAAGACAUCCUCUUUAGAGAAGAACUUGACACACUCUUCGCAUUGCAUGGCAGGGGGCGUUUCAAGCUGCACUACACGCUUAGUGUCGCUCCUGAGGAGUGGCCGUACAGUGUUGGGCGAAUCAAUGAUGUGUUACUGUCGGAGCACAUGCCUCGCCACUCUGAGCAUGGACUCAUCCUAGCGUGCGGUCCUGAUGCUAUGAUAACACAUGCCGUCAAGCCCGGACUGCAGAAUAUGGGAUGGGAUAUAGAGAAGUCCCUAGUAGUGUUCUGA